AUGUCGUCGACGCCUGGAUCGUCAGGGAAGCAACCGAUUCCGAACAUGUCCUCUUGGAAUGGCGAGGGCUCGUCAAGCGCCGCUACCCCUUCCCAGGAAGACACGGCGAAUGGUAAUUCGAAGGCUAGCGUCUUCUUAGCAGCAGCGCCGCGGCUGCCCCUUCAAGAAGACGAUUCCUUGCUACCCCCUUCGUACGACGAUGCCAACAGUAUUCGGUCGGGAUUUCUUCCAGCCCAACCCUCUACGCCGCAAGAAAAUCUUGGAGUGGGAAUCCAAGACGCCCUCGAGUUUGAGUACGCAUUUCAGAUAGCGCGAGCCCACGAAGAACUGGCAACGAGUGUAGUCCGCCAUGUGGGCUCCAAAACCACAGUUCUUGCGAUCCAAAGGCUAGCACUAGGGCCCCACAGACCUAAUACACAAGUUGCCACAGUUUUCAAACUGAAUGCUGUCCCCCUUGCUGCAAAUCAGCUGGAGGUGACCGCAAAAUCAAACUCUGAAAUGGCCAUGAGAAGUAUAAAGAUUGGGAUGUUGGAUAUUGCGGACGAUGACCCGGAUCUACAAUCUGGGGUGAUAGACUGGUUAACGAGAGGCACAGGGCCUUCGUCAGUAGUUGGGACAGAAUUGCCGGAUGUUUUCUUCGAAAGGCCUUAUUCUAUACCACCAGACAUACUGAUGUUCCUACAUGCCUUUGCGUUCCGUCCCAACGCUCCGCGCAGGGUCAGGGCGUCGACUAUAGGAAUCGGACAACAAGGGUUUCACCCAAAGAUGGCCACGGGUACCAACCCUUUAGUCGAUGCAAAAGCGACUUGGAUCGCAGUUCCAAAAGACUCCAUGAGGUUUGAUUGUGGCACUUUCGAGGUUACUUCGAAGUCCGGGCCCGCGGCAUCAAUGCCGACUUUCACUGGAACUGUACAAUUCACAAAGUGGAAGUUUCCAAAAAAGCAGCCUCCAAAGGUAUUCAUUGGGUUAACGGGAUUUGAUCGGGAUGUCUCACGUCCCUUCAGAUACUCGGUAGCCGUCACUGGGGUAUCUCAUAAAGGGUUUAGCUGGGCCGUCCGAAACUGGGACGAAACUCUUAUGUCGUAUACUUGGGGUGCGGUAAUAUCUUGGAUUGCAACUGCGAACCCUAGUGUGACGCUCUGA